GUAAAACGUUUCAAGUAAAGUGUUGGUCCAGCGAAACGGCCAUUCUCCAAUUGUAUUGAACUGCGCGUUCCUUCAAACACCGUUCCGAAGUAGGACAUCACAAAAUGACAGACACUAAUCGCAGCAAACAGAGCUAUCUGCACAAACACAACGGAAAGAUCGAUGCGCAAUCAGUGCAAUCCCCACCGGGACAGCUCUCGACAGGCUCGAACACUACCGAACAUGGCCGUGCAGCCAGCCAUACCGGGGGUUCCCUGAAACGUAACAAUAGUCAUCAUCAGCGAUUGAAAAAAUCAAACACAAGCACCCUUGAACGAACCUCUAAUGGUGGCCCCUUGGAGUACGGAGCGGAUCGAACUGGUGGCAGUUUCAGCCAUCAUCAUCAUCAGCAACAGCAACAACAGACCGGAACGACCGCUACGAGAUCCGGCGCCGGUUCCAGUCUAGCCAAUAGCUGGUCGAAAACAUCCAGCAGCAGCACCUCGCAAUCCACAUCGCAUGGUCCGGCGGAGCAAACAUCACACCCACUGGACACAGCGGCCAGCAGUGGUCGACCUCCGGGGACAAAUUUAACACCCACCGUCGUCAAAACGGAAGCAUCGCUCAGUGACGAUUUUAAACGCUUCCACACACUACGCAACAGCUACGGCGGCAAAUCCAAUUUAAAUGUAAAUAACACCGACCAAACGAUAAAAUCGCAGGUCCUGCUUCACCAGCAAAAGCUGCGAGAGUACUCGCGACAACUUCCAGCACAGCAACAACAGCCGCACCAUGACAACGAUAGCUACUCAACCUGCUCCUCGUCUCAGUCGGACUACCAGCAUCCCCAGCAACCGCAGCAUCAUCAGCAGCAGCACCAUCGCCACAAGCAUCACACACACUAUCGUGUGCAUCAUCAUCAACACCAUCAGCAGCAGCAGCAGCAACAGCAGCAUCCCAAUGUCCAGCUGGCUCAGACCAUCUACCCCAUCUCUGCCACGGUCGCCGCAACUGCCACAUUGACACGCGCUGGCGGUGGAGGUUCGAUAUUGAAAAAUGCCAACAGCAGCACCAACCAUCAGGACCCGGUCGGCAGCCGGAACAGCCUCAAACGAGGUCCGGGUGGAUUAAGCACGCUGUCACUCUGCAGCUGCGACGCGGAAACGGAGAUAAUACCGAAUCCAUUAAGGCCAUUAUAUCAGUACAGCCUGGACAGGAGAAAUCCUCGCCAACACACCUACACGUGCGAGCAGAACGCACAGAUUCUGCUGCGACUGGAAAAGGACCGUCAGAAGAAGUUCGGCUCCAUGGGAAAGUUGCAUCUCACCACAUCAACCGGCGACUUGAGUGUAGCACCCGCAGCGAUGCAACGACACUCGAGCAUUACGGGUGCAUCCGUACCGACCUCUUCCGUUUCGACUCCCACUCCAACGCCUCCUCCGCCGGCUGCUCCCACUGGGCCGGCCGGAAAAGUCAGCGGAAAUGCGUGUAAGGUGGCCGCCAACGUGCUCACAUUCGACUGCCAGCAUGGAUCGUACUCUCGGGGUGAUAAUUAUACGGAGGACGACUCGUACAGUGAAGACAUGAUACCACCUCCCCCUCCACCACUACUCAACCGACGCCCUUCCUACGGAUACGGCUGUGUGGUGCAGCAACCUGUUGCAUCCGGACCGGAACCGACACACGCAGACCAGCAGCCAAUGUACGACCCGACCGCCCAGCCCGCCAUACCUCCCGCCAACGUCGACGUGUACGGUCGUGAAGUGGACGGACUGAUUGGAACUAUGAAUCAGCCGGAUCUCUUCAACUUUGCCUCCAACACAAACGGCUCGUUGAGUGGGACACUAAAGUCAACAUUGAAAUCCGCCAAAUCGUCGACAAACGGUAAAACAACUUCCGGCUCAUUGCCCAUGCCCGCGGAUGGCAAGUCGAAGCUGAACGACCCACUUCCCGUUAUGAUGGUGGACCUGAUGAACGGUAACGGAACGGUCGCACCACCGCUUCCGAAUGGAACUGACCCGACCGGCACGAAGCCAUAUCCGCCUUACUAUUUCGAUGAUAAUUAUCUGCAUCACCACUACUACUACCGGAAUGGGGAGACCGGUGCGGAUGUGCCACUGAAGGACGCUGGGCUGGAUGCAGCGGGGCAGAUGUAUCUCUACCAUCAGCACCAUCACCAUCCGGACGCGGUCCCCGCUGGCUACAUUACCAACUACGAUGCGCUGAAUCUUCCCGCGAAGUACAACACCAUCGGAGCGAAUGGAGAUUUACCACUGGCGGGACACUUUUCGGGGCUGGCGGGAGGCGGUGUCGGUCAUCAUGCAAGUUCCUGCAACAUCAAUCAGUACUCGGGCUCGACCAAAAGCAACCUCAUCGCAUCGCACAACCAUCACUUCUCCAACUCGAUCAGCAACUUCAACUUUAAUCCCUCGCAGUACUUUGGUUCGGCGCUGGACCCUCCACCCGGGACGACCAUCAUUCCUGGCGGCGUGAUGGGAGGGGUGAUGGGUGGUGGUGAUGGGUUUCCUUCGUCCUGCAGCCUUAACGGAACGCCCAACAAACAGCAGCCGCAUCCGUGGAAACAUCGCCAGUGUCCGAGUCGAGGUUCGAGCAGUACCGGUUCCGGAUCAUCAAGCAAGUAUGAGGUUGGUUGGAGGACCUUAGGCUCUCGAGAGUUGUCUUAGGAAGUUAGGUUAAUGCUACUCAGAAUUCAAUCACGUUGUUAGCUCAGGACGUUCGCCAUAUUUUCUGGCUUAAGCGCCCAAAUUCCCAAAUUUCAACCAAAAAUCACAAGUGCCUUACAAACAGAAAAUACCCGAGUACCCAAAUGAUCCUCGAAAGAUUACGUUGUUAAACUAUUUCUAACCACGGUAUGUAGGUUGCGGUCUCCCGGACGCCAUUCCCGCCGCCGGAAUGAUUUGGGGUUUGAGGUUAGACCAUCAUUAAUAUCCGGUAAACCUAACGCUCCACCACUAACGAACGUUUCGAAAUCAACAACUUUGCGUUUGCAUUUCAAUAGUUGCUGUGCUCAACUAUUUCGCCAGCUUUGCACCGUGAUUCACACCAACGCACCA